AUGUUACCCUUAUUUAAAAUAAACGCAUGGAAUAAGAAUAUUAGGUUACAUUGUAUUCAAAUAAAUAUGCCGGAAGAACCUAUAACUUGCACAGAUGUGCAAAGUGCACUUGAAAAUUUGGAAAAAUAUGAUCCGAACUACCCUGUUAUUAGAGUUCGACAUUAUAAAACAAUACAAAGUGCUUUAGAAAGGGAUGAAAAUCUUAAUAGAGAGGAUCUGAAACGGCUACUUGCCGUAUGCGUCCAUGACAUCCCGAAUAUGAAGUACACAGCCACAGUUAUUAACAUAAUUCCAGCGAUUUUGUCCAAAGUCAAGGAAGGCAGUUAUGAUCCUCCACCUGACUUAGUACCAUCUGCAGCAGCGUUGAUAAAUCUCUUGAAGACGAUAGCUUUAUUAGGUAAGGUAGAAUCAUUAAUGGCUCUGUGCCUUGAUACACUGUCAACUUAUCCAGAAGACACACUAAUGAUAUUGACGGAACAACACUAUGAAGAUGUAAUAGAAACUUUAAAUGUAUGCUGUCAUACUAGGAUACCAACCCAUAUUAAACUGCAGGUGUGCAAUCUUUUACACAAAUUAUUAAAAAUACUGCCUCGAGAAAAGAAAAAAGAGUUUGUUGAAUGUGGAGUAUCAGUGUGGUUUUCAAAGAUCAUACCGACUGUGAUGGCUCAUAUGACAGUUUCAGGCUCAGAAACGAAUAUAGAAAUUCUUGAAUUAUUGGCUGAUGAUCUUGUACAUGUCGACUAUGCUUACAAUUCACCAUGGUACAACAUAUUAGAAUGUAUUUGUAACACAAAACAAUACCCAGCUACAAUGAAAAAUCUUUUACACGCAGGCAGUGAUGCUUGGUACAGACUGUGGAUAGUAUUCAUAAGACUACUCAAACAUCAAAUAACACAAUCUUUGAGCAGUGUUGGUACUCCUAUAAAUUCUAUGUUGCCUGUAGUGGAGGCAGCAUUUAAAUUAGAUAUAGGAAACAGAUGUAAAGCAUUUGAGUGCUGGAAUGUACUCAUUGACAGUUUUUCUACUGAAACAAAUGAAAGUAAUAUAAAUAAAAGAAUAAAACUACUGAUCAUUCCUCUCAAAUCAAACAAUGCUAAACAUGAAGAAACAUCUCUAGCAAAGUUCAAAUGUUGGUGGCAUUUAAUAAGAAAAUUCCAGCAUAAAAUGGAUAAGUUUCUUGACAUGGUAUUGGUUUCUUUCUUACAUUUUUGCUUUGGAAGACACAAUGCUGUGGACAAAUCUGUAUUAGUACCUGGACAACUAUGUGCAAAUAUGAAAAAGCAUUGUAAUGAGGCCCUCGUAGAUAUGGUGGGACAUGUCAAUUGUGAUGGUUGUAUAGAAUUACCCAAAUUGAAGGGUAAAAUAAUUAAUACAAAACAUUUAGUGGAUAACUGGAAUCACUGGAUUUAUUCACUGACAUCAGUCAUCAUGAGGACAGCUAAAAAUGACUGCGGCUUGACUAAACAGCAAAUGACAUGCUUGUGGAAAUCAUUUCUUAUGACGAUUGGUGAACUACCAGAAAACAAUAUAAGAAAAGAUUUAUUUGCUGAGAUAUUAUCUAUUGUAGCUCACCUUGUGCAGGAAUGUAAAUCAAACAACCAGUUUUUGGAAGUUACUUUUAAUAUUCUCAUCUUAUCAUUAUUUGAUGAAGAUAAAAAAAUCAAAGAGCUUUUGAAGUCAAAUAAUAGUCCAAAUGAUCCAAUUAUCAGAAUUAUUAAGAUUAUCCUGGAUUCUUCCUUGCACGGAUUCUAUAACAGCCUAGACCCAAAGGAAUUGGUUACAAAGUUUAAACUAUUCACAAAUUUGAUGUUGGAUGAAGCAGUGUGCACACCAAAAAGUAUUGUAGAUGGGCUUAUAAGUGACUUGCCUCCCAAUGAAUAUGCAUUAAUGUUAUGGACAGCAUUAGCUGAAUCAAUACAUGAAUCGAAAUAUGACAGUUGUCUACUGAAUACAUGUGAUAUGAUGUUGUGGCCACUAAAGUCAAUCAAUGUGUUUACCAAAGUUCAAAUACCAGCAAUGACUUGGUACACAACAUUUGAUUUGAUUUAUCCAAAACUCAAUAAGACUGAAUUUGACAAGGAGAUCUCAGAAAUUUUGUUUUCAGAUGUUGAUGUUUCUAAGCUACCUAUUUCAACUGUUUACUUCAAGCUGUGCAUAUUAUUAGCCAUAUUGAAGCACAAAUUUACUGAAAAUAAUUGUUUCUCAUGUGAAGAAGAAAUAAAUUUGUUACUCAAUCUUACAAAAAGUAUUAAUAGCUAUGAGUUUUUUGAAUCACUUAUGCCAAUGCUGGUUGAUAGAAUUGUAGCUACACUAAGUAUUGUAACAUCAAAUGUAAAUGAGACAGUCACUGCCCUUAUUUUAGUUUGUGUUAAAAAUGUACUUCAUGUAUUAACUCAGGCAUGUAAACAGCAAUCAGAAUCAAAGCCAGUGGUUGCCCACAUCAUGCUUUUAGUUGCAAGUCUAUUAAAACCUUUGGAAACAUUAUUUACUGUGGAGUCAUAUUCGAAACUUAUACCAGCUAUGACAUACCACCUAUUAAGGUGUUCGUCUCUACUGUCUGAACACUCCUCGACACGUAUAAUAACUCUUUCUGUGAUGAAAACAAUAUUAACUAGAACUAAAUCUACAGAUAUAAAUUACGCUAAAAUAAAUAAUGUAAUUAGCGAUAUUGAAAAAAUCAAGGUUCAAGUGAUGGCAAUAAACGAUUUGACUUCUGAAACUAACACAUUCCCUACUCCACAAACAAAAGAAGUUCCAAAACGGACUAAGAAAAACGAGACGAAUAUUGUAGAUACUGUCGUUGAAAAUGGGGAGGAGUACGUUGUUGUAAAAUCAAAUUGGAAAUUUAAUCCAAGAAAAUUGACAGAAAACCAGAAAGAAAAACUACAAAGGAAACGUGAAGACAUACCUGCUCUAUAUCAAGAUUUGUCACAGUCACACGAUGAAUUUAAAUUUAUGUCUUGGAAGAGUGAUCCACAAGACACUAAUUCAAGUAGCAAAUCGGAGAGCAAAUCUUGUAAAGCAGAUGAUAAUGAAAAAGCUCUAGAAAUUCUGAAAAAUUUACCAAGUACUAAUGUAGUUCCAAAGAUUUUGGAAACAAUACUUUCAGAAAAUGAGAAACAGAGCAGUAAUGCAAAUGAAUUGUCGCUAGAUAAUUUAAGGAAGGUAGAUAUUUCUACUCCCACAAAUAAAUGUUCUAAAUCACCCCGUAUGGCUUUGAAAGACCGUGUCUUUCGCAAUGUAAGAAAUUUGAUAGAGGGUUCCGGUGUACAGAAAGAAAAUAAGGAAGCAACUGAAGAAAAAAGUAAAACCGAGGUUGUGAAUAAAACACCAACAUCUGUUAAAAGUUUAAUAUCUAAUUGUAUAAAUUCGGCACCUCCCUUGCUAGCCGCUGACAGACCUGCGCGCGUAAAAAGAAAACCUAAAAAAUUUGAGGACUUAGAAUUAUUGAUCUCCAAAAAAAGCCGCAUGUCCCUACCAGACGUACAAUCAAGCCAAACACAUCAAUCUGAUAAUAGUGUCAAUUCAGUAAAAAGUAACCAAAAUGAAAAUGUGAUACAUACCUCGGACAAUAAUGAGAUAAAUAGUUCCAAUAACAUGCCAGAAUGUAAUGACAAAGUUGCCGAUAUAGAAAUUGGUUUUAAUGAACAAAAUACGACGGAAAUCGGUUUUAAAGAUAGUGAAAAAGUAAAGGAAAAUAUUAAUGCAAGUAAAAGUCGAGAAAUAGAUGCGAACGUAUCUGCUGCUGUUACAGAUGAAGAUGUUAUGGAUAUUUCACUUCAAAACACAUUGGAUGACGUCGGAGAAAUGUCGAUAUCUAAAUUGUCCAAAGAUGGUAACCAAAUUAUUGCAAAAGAUGACAGCGUCGGGGAAAUUUCGAUACCUAAAUUGUCCAAAGAUGGACACCAAAUGAUUGCAACAGAUGACAAGGAAAUAUCAACCUAUAAUAUAACAGUGGCUGAGACGAGAGUGGCAACUCCCACCACAUUGAAAGCUGACAAAGAUUUAUCAACUCAUUUUAAUAGUAAUUUAUUGACAUACGUAGAUGUAGCCAAUGCUACUGAUGUUAAAGAAGUAUCAAACUCGGCAACAUCUAAAGUAUUGACGCCGAAAGUUAUCAAAACUGGUAAAACAGUAAUAAAUUCUGAUAUAACCAACGAAAUUAAAGAAGUGUCAUCUACAAUAUCUAAAGAUGCAGUGAUAACACAGGGUAUCGGAACGCCUAAAAUAUCAAAGGAUGAUAAAAAGGUAUCAGAUAAUGACAUUAAAGACAAAUCACCUAAGGAAAUAAAGAAUGCUGAAAAAGAACUAAGGGCUCCUCAACAACCUAAAGAUUUUAAACAAAUAUCAACACCAAAAUCAACUAAAGAGAUUAAAGAAAAACCAAUCACUGAUGUCUUUAAAGAAGUUAAAGUGUUGUUGACACCACAACAGUCUAAAGAAAUCAAAGAAAUGUCGACCCCUAAACAAUCACCUAAAAACGAUGAACAAAAAUCAGCAGCUAAGAAAAGUACUGUCAAAAAGUCUAGAAUUGAGAAAGAGUUGGCCAUCGAUACGGUUGAAGGUCAUCCUUUUCUAAAAAUUCAAUCUGACAAAAGAUUGACUCGGAAAGCUUUGGAAUCUGCGAACUCUGGCCGAAGGAAAAGUUUAGUGGAUAAGUUAAACAAAUCAAAAUCUGGAGGUAGUGUAAGUAGCUUAAAAAGUGAGAAGAAAACGAAAGGUAAAGAAACUGAAAAUACCUCUUCUUCUUCUUGCUCCACUGUUGUAGUAGAUGAAAGUCAAGAAAGAGAUUCUGAACAGAGUGGACAAACAUCAUCUACUGAUGAGCUUCCUAGUUCUGAUGAUUUCAUAGAGAGUUCACAGGAUUCCACGAUAACUACUAUAUCAGUUAAAUCUACAAGGAAGACGCCGAAAAAAAUACCAGUCGUUUGUGUAGAAAAACUGAGUAAUUCAUUGGACAAGGGUGUAGUUGCAAAUAAUUCCCAAAGCAUAUUAGAUCGUGUUAUAGGUGAUGUAAACAAAUCUUUAGGCAAUCAUGAAUCCAAAGAUGAUACAGUAUUGCCUGUAAACAAAACUGCUCUGGAGGACAAAAGUCGAGAAGACUUAACUGAAAAUAUGGAUACAGAGUCCCUAGAACAAAGAGAUGUUUCGGAUGACGUUAUAUUAAUCAACAACCGUCGACCAGUUUUGACCGUUGCUAUCGAGGACACUAUCAUAUCUACCGAAUCUCAAGAAGUAGCUGAAGCUGAUACUCAACCAACAGAUCCCAAAGAAAUUAUGGAUAUUGAUGACAAUCUUCCCUGUAAAAAAUCGCUUGUAAAUGUUGCCAACAACCAUAUACCUGAAACAUAUAGUGAGGGAAAUUAUUCCCAAGGUACUGAUAAAGAUCAAUUUAUAGUCGAAGAAGCAGUGGAUACCCAACAUAAUACUGCUGAUAAUACUACUAUAACAUUAUCUGAUUCUGCCUUUAUAGAUAAAGAGCAGGCAAGUGGCGCAUCGUCUCCUUUUAAAGAUGAGAUUCAAAGACAACAAGAUUUUUUAAAUAGCACCAUUGAAAUUUCUCCUAUCAAAACAAUGAGCCCUGAUCGCAACAAAAAGUCACCUUCACCCGAGACUAGUAGUGACUAUGUAGUUAUAAAAUUGACGUCACCUGUACAUUGCAAUGGGGAGCCCUUUGAAAAAGGGAGCUCCCCUGAAGUUUUCACCGAAGAUAAAGCAUCACUUGAUAAAAGAGAUCAAUCACCUCCCAGAGAAGAAAUAAGCGUGACAAAUACUAGCCCUAGCUCGUCAUUAUCGCUGAAGAAAAAUAGACCUCAAGUUCGUUCAGGGGGUAGAGCAGCACAAAUGUUGGGUUUAUGUGUACCUGAAAAAGUUCAAGCUAUUGUAAAUCCAGAAAGAAAUGAAUCUGAAGAAGUUAAGAAAAGUUCAACAAAUACGCCUGCAAGAAGGAAUUUGAGAAUUUUAUACAACUCUGUUGGAGAAAAUACAGAAAGUAGUAGUAGUAAUGGUACAAGUGACAAUGAUGACAGUGAACAUUUUUUAAAGUUUAAAAGAUCGCUUCCUGGGGUUGAUUGCAGUCCGUCAGGACCAAUAUUAAAGAGGAAACUUGUAGAGAUCACUGACGAUGCAACUGUAUCACCAGCCAGCAAAAGGAAGAGAGUAAGUUUCCAUGAUCCGCCUGUGUCUACGACAAUUUCUGUGCAGAAAUAUAUAGAACCAGGGGCCAUACGCUCCCCACAGAAUUCAGCUCAUAAACGUCUUGAGAGGCAGUUGCGUCAGCACAUACCUCAAAGAUCUCCGAAGCGAUUAGAUAAUGUGUUUAAACUAGACACUGUGCUCACUAAAACUGUUCAAAGUUUCAUAGAAAAUGAAGUUAUCACUAUUCCAGAUGACUCUCAGGCCUUUUCCUUAGACGAAACGCCCGUAGCGGAAGUUGUAAGAACCAGUGAAUUAAAUAAUACAGAUCCCAUUUGCCCUGCUUUAAUGGACUGUAAAGAUCCUAUAGAAAACGUCGCUAGUGAAUUGUCUUCACCGACUAUGAAGUCUUUACUCAUUAAAGAACUAGAAGGGACAAUAGAAACCAUAGGAGAUUUGGCAAAGCUGACAGAACUUGAAGUAAACAGAUUAUGUAUAAAGGCUCCUAAAGUGACAGUGGCUAAAAAAGUUUUAACGGAUUAUGCCUCUAAACUAAAUAAGAUUUUAACAAUAGAGGAGGCUGAAUUUGCUCAGUCAAUGAAUGAAUUGCACAUGAAAUCUUCCAAUAUUGAAGUACAGACAGAUAAGUUUGAGUCUUCAGAUACAGAAAUGCAGACAGAUGAAAUACCAAUGAGAGCGUUUUCUGCACAAACAGAAGCAGUGUCAAUUACGCAUACUAGUGUACAAACUUGUGAAUCCGGCAGCAAAACAACUGCAGAUAUUGUAAAAUCAUGUUUAUCAGAGAAAUCAGAUUUUGUGGCACAACUUGGCGAAAAUUUAGAAGAGUCUGCAAUAAAAGAGCUAAGUCAAAAAUUACUGUUAAGUACGGUAACUGAUUUGUUAAUGAAGAAGAUUACGCCUUCUGACACGAGAGUUGUUCUAGAUAGAUUACUGGAAUAUGAAAGUAGUUUGAGUAAUGAUAACAGUAAACGAUUGUCGUUUAUUAGAGAUUAUUUGUGUGACAAGUUUGACACAAAGGACUUACUUUUAUUAUGUAGUCAGAUAUUGAAAAUAGUUUAUGAUAAGCCUGCUUAA